AUGCUUACAAAGGGUUUCACGGCGACAUCUCUGACGCCGCACGGCCUGCCUCGCCGCCCUACAUCGCUACAGACGGCUGCCCAACUCGCCUUGCCUUUCCUGCGGCCGAUUCUACAGCCGCCCGUCUAUAACGGAGACACUCACAAAGAUCCAGAGACCACAUCUAAGGACAGGGCUGCCAAGGAUUUCAAAGAAUGGCUUCUUCAACUAGAUUCUUCGGGGAUCGUUGUUUAUACCGACGGCUCUAUGAUAGCUAAGCAGAUGGACCUUCCAGCGCACGCGGAGGACCCGGAAGCCGAAGAAGACAGACCAGAGAGCGAGUGCGUAGCCUUUGGCUACGUAAUCUUCCAAGGACAGACAGAACUUGGCCGCGGAUGCGAGAUACAUCAGCAACUCGACGUCUCGGCUCAAGUUCCCUACAACAUGAAGGCGUGCGUUGUCCUCACGGGCUGUCUUAAUGUCUUCGUGACACUGGUAGAUGGAGCCAGCAUUCCGACCUACUUUGAACGAUUCCCUUCAACUCCACGCCAGUUGAGUGUUGUCCAAGUUCAGCGUGAGCUUGGUGCACGACUCUCCAACACUACCGCCAUUUUCGGACCAGAUGAUUCGCAGUAUAAGGAAGCACUUUCGAGAUGGAACAGCUUUGUCACACCCAAGGUUCAACUUGUCAUCGAGCCCGGCCAGGAAUCCGAUGUCUCGACUAUUGUUAAAUACUGUAACCGCAAAAGCGUCCAGUUCCUAGCCAUUAACAAAGGUCAUGGAGCGACUUCAACACUCGCAUCAUUUAACGGCAUUCAGAUUAACCUGGCAAGCCUCAGAAACAUUGAGAUUCAACCGUCUGGAAAGUCUGCUUGGUUUGGAGGCGGCGUCUAUGACGGUCAGGUCAGCCGAUAUCUUUGGGACAAGGGAUACGUUGCAACAACGGGCGCUUGCGACUGCGUCGGCAUGAUGGGCCCUGGUUUGGGGGGUGGCCAUGGUCGACAUGAAGGUCUCUACGGCCUGAUCAGCGACAAUAUCCGCCAACUGAAUGUAGUGCUUGCUAAUGGCAGCGCCAUUCGAGUCAAUAAAGACUGCUACGGGGAUCUGUUUUGGGGAAUGAAGGGUGCAGGACACAACUUUGGAAUCGUCACCGGCUUUGAGCUCAACAUUUAUCCUCGCGGCCCUGACACAUGGCAUUAUCACAACUACAUAUGGACUGGAGACAAGCUUGAGGCUGUCUUCACAGCCCUCAACAAGCUACAUGUACAGAGCAACGGCACUACUCCAACAAACAUGGCAGUUAACUAUGGGAUCUUCUUGAGGAACACCGCCAUCAGUGAGAAGGAGCCCCUCAUCCAGUGGACAUUCGCCUACCGUGGGGGUGCCGCAGAGGCCGAAAACGCCCUGGCUGAUUUCAAUGCAAUUCCGGCUCUUGGAGGUUUGCAGGGAGACGUGCCUUAUCCCCAAAUACCUGCUUAUCAGGGCACUUCAGAAGAUUCACCACUUUGUCAGCAUGACUUGUACCGCAUAACUACUACCGCGGGUCUGCAAGUGUACAACAUCACCGCUGAGCGUCAAAUUUUUGACGGCUUCAAGAAGCGCAUAGCCAACAACCCAGCAGUCGCGGCUGCUGUCAACAUCAUUCAUGAGGGUUAUGCUACCGCAGCUGUUCAGGCCAAGAACCCGAAUGACUCUGCUUAUCCCCACCGGGACGAUCACCUACUCAUGCUCGUCGAGGUCAUCAUCCCCCCUGGUAACAUAGAGUUGGAAAAGGCUGCGUUGGAAUGGACUACAGAGAUUACGGCUCAGUGGAAUGCUGGUCAGCCUACAAGAAGACCAAGCACCUAUGUCAACUAUGCCAACGGUGGCGAGUCGCUUGAGUCCAUCUAUGGGUAUGAGUCGUGGCGGUUGAAGAAACUCCGCGGUCUCAAGGCGAAGUAUGAUCCGUUUAACCGCUUCCGGUUUUACAACCCGAUUGUUGGGAGGAGGGCAUAA